AUGCAUGGAGAAGUCGACCGCUCCAUAUCGGUCAGUCUGUGCGAACGCUCCAAAAUCCCCAUUCACGCGGGAUUCGAGAAAGCGUGCAAGUUUGUUGAUGCCGUAGGUCGCAACGAAUGGUUUGUCGAUAAUGAACACGACGAUGACGAGAUAGGCGGUUAUGACGAGGCUAAAACGAUACGUGAUGCCGAUACCUACUUGAGGGAGCAGGUCAAUUCUGGUGUUAGAAGGGCCUACGAAGCCAAUAUGACCGCUCUCGCGAACUGCGUAUCUGAGGACGAGAGGGUCGAUGGCCUGAGCAAUCUAAGUCUUACGAUGGUGGCUCAGAGUCCAUUCGGAGAUGAUACUCAUGCCGACGACGACCUCAGUGGCCACGCCGACGAUAUCAUCACGGCAGAUUCUGACCUUGGUCUACGGCAAUACGACAGCAUCGGUGAGCACGCGGCCAGCGGCUUAGCAAACUGUCCAGCAGCCGGUAAUGUUCCUGGUAACAUGCAUGGCGAACAAGACGACAAUAACUCAACCAACGGAGGAGCCACAACCGCGGCGGACUCCGGGUAUCACUCUCAAGAUCAAGCUUAUGGUUCAGGAGAUUGCGAAACUCGCCGAGCGGACAUAUCUCGGGUCGCUCGUGGCAUGUUUGCCGCUGGACAUAUCUCACUUCUUCUGGGAUCGUGCUGA